AUGGCCCAGACACUCACCGACGAAGAGUGCGAGACCCUCCUCGCCUGCGUCGACACCGUCGCGCCCUCCAUCGCUGCCGAGGAACUCAAGGCCCUCGCGCCCCAGCUCGCCGACGAGGUCAGCGAGGACACCAUUGCCGCCUUCGCCGCCGAGGUCCCCAGCAGCAUCGAGAGCCUCCGCGAGGACCUCAAGUACCUCCUUCCCUCCCAGCUGCCCCCCGCCAAGCUCGCCGAUCUCAAAAUGGUCCUCGGCCUCCUCCGCCUGAAGCACGCCCGCACCGCCCUCAUGCGCAAGAUCUUCGACUCGCUGAUCAAACUGUCCUCGGCGCUCUACGUGCGCAACUCUGACCUGGUCCACAAGGCCAUGCUGUACGAGCCCAAGGUUACUGAGCCCCCGGCCGAGGGCCACUUCCAGUUCCAGUUCGCCGACCCCCAGUCCCUCGACGGACAGGAGUUUGACGCCAUCAUUGUCGGAUCGGGCUCGGGCGGCGGUGUCGCGGCCAAGCAGCCGUCCGAGGCGGGGAUGAAGGUCCUUGUCAUCGAGAAGGGCCUGCACUACGACCUUGCCGGCCAGCCGUACGACGAGCGCGAGGCGCUCAAGGUUAUGUACGACCUUGGCGGUCUCGCCGCGACUGAGACGGGCGAGCUUGGCCUCGUGUCCGGCAACGUGUUUGGUGGUGGUUCCUCUGUCAACUGGGCUGCGUGUAUCCAGACUCCCGCUGCUGUGCGCCAGGACUGGGCCUCGACGUACGGCCUGCCGUACUUCAAGACGCAAGAGUUCCAGGAGGAUCUCGACGCGGUGUGGAAGCAGAUGGGUGUGUCGCUUCCCAAGAAGCAGAACCUUCAGAACCAGCUUCUCAUGGAGGGUGCGCGCCGCCUCGGUUACGCGCACGCGCCUGUCGCGCAGAACAAUGGCAACGCCGACCACAACUGCAACCACGACUGCGCCAACGGCUGUCGCUCCGGCGGCAAGAAGGGCGGUGUGCACUCGUGGCUGAUUGACGCCGCCAAGGCUGGCACGACGUUUGUUGUCGGCUGCUCGGUGCGCAAGAUUCUGUUCACCAAGUCGCGCCACGCCAAGGGUGUCCUUGUCAAGACGCCCGAGGGCAAGAAGAUCAAGAUCAAGACUUCCCGCGUCAUCGCCGCUGGUGGCAGUAUCCAGACCCCGGCGCUGCUGCUGCGCUCGCGCAUCCCCAACCCGCGCAUCGGCACGAGCAUCUACCUGCACCCGACCAACUAUGUCUACGCCGUGUUCCCCGAGCGCACACACCCGACCGAGGGCCAGAUCCUGACCAGUGUCGUGACCGAGUUUGCCAAUCUGACGCCGUCUGGCCACGGCGUUCGUCUCGAGACGGGCAUCAUGCAGCCGAUCGUCUCGACGGUGCUGAUGCAGUGGCACGGCGGCAAGGAGUACAAGGCCAACAUUGCCAAGCACUCGCACAUGGCGGGUCUCAUCGCGAUCGCCCGCGACAGGGACCACGGCUACGUGCAGCUGAGCGCCGAGGGCGAGCCGAUCGUGCACUACACGACGAGCGCGUUUGACCAAAAGUCGGUCCUGAAGGGCACCGUCGCAGCGGCAGAGUGCAUGCUGGCCGUGGGUGCGGAGGAGAUCAUCGUCAACGGCCGCGGCGUCAAGCCCUACAAGAAGGGAGACGACUUUGCCGCCUGGGCGAAGCAGGUCGAGGCCACCCCCUCGAGUGCAUUCGGCAGUGCGCACCAGAUGGGCUCGUGCCGCAUGUCCUCGCGGCCCGGAGACGGCACGUGCGACCCCUCCGGCGCCGUUCGCGGCGUCCAGGGCGUGUGGUGUGCGGACGCGAGUGUGCUGCCCUCCGCCUCAGGCGUCAACCCCAUGAUCUCCACCAUGGCCGUCGCGCGCAAGGUGUCGCGUGGUAUUGUCGACCAGUGGAAGCAUGGGGAUGCCGGCAGGGCGCGUCUCUAG